GGCCAGUCGUUUUCCUUCGUUCGAGUUAGAUUGAACGUCCGCAGGUUUUCCCGCGCCGCUUUGAGUCAUCGGCUAGAAGAUAGUGCCGAAAUUUGUCACGCGCGUGCUAUUUCACCACCGUUACAUACCGGAACACGUGUGUUUCCAUUGCUGGAUAUCGUCUUACCUGUCUGUAGGUGUGUUCUUUGGACUUGAUUCAACGUAAAUCAGUGAUGAUAGAUGGCUUGUAGGGAAUGUGAUCGAUCAAAGAGCUAGCGAUGAGGAAAACUGUGAUAAUUGGAAAAGCGUGAAAAGCGGCAUACCUCGUUCGCGUGGUGGUGUUAUGGUUUUAUGGUGGCCGUAAACAGAUCAAUUAGUGCGUUGAUGGCAUUGUGCUGAUGAGCGGAGAAGAUCAUCACCAAGCUUUCAGUGGAGGUGUGCUGCAUUGAGUGAGAAAACUUCAAUAACAAAACGAGAAAUUUUCACUGCAGUUUACUGUGAUUUUAAACCGAAGUGACAACGAACAGUUAAAGGCACAAGUGAGUUACGGUUAGCAGCAAUGGUUCCCCAGCAGAAAAGCAGAGGGAGCAGCGGCCGUUUGAUGUACAAAAUUGGAUUAUUCUUGCUGCUGGUUGAAGCGUCACAAUGCUUACAAAUCACCAAUCUUGACGUACCGCAAUCGUACAUCGUAUCGCGAGGUGAAGAGCCCUCGGAAGAUCUCAUCUUGGACUGUGAGUUCGAGAUGGAUGAAGCCAUGGCGAAGGGGUUCGUACUGAAGUGGAAGCAUAAUGGGCUGCAGAUCUAUCAAUGGAUUCCGGUGAAAUCAAAACCGGUGGCAUUCUCUUCCUUCAAGGGUCACAUCGAUUUGGACCAUCCGGUGUCGGAUGAUCGGUUCCAGAAAUAUCGUGCCUUAAAGCUGAUCAACCCGGCAGCCAACUUUACUGGCAACUACAGUUGUUCGGUGCAAACGUACGAGGAGAACGAAACCAAAACGGGACACCUGCAGAUCAUCGUACCGGAGAUGGAGUUCAAUCUGACGUACCACCGAGGGAACAACGGCAGCGUGGUUGUAUCCUGUGGGGUUAGCGACAUCUUCCCGAAACCGGAACUGUCGUUGUUCAUCGACGAAUCGCAAACGAAAAAUGUGGUCCUGUCCGAGGAACAAGUCCAGGGAUCCUACGACGUUUUCCUACAGCACGUCCUCAGCGAUGACUCCAAGGAUGCAUCCAUCAGCUGCCAACUGUCGAUACCGGGGACUAACUAUACCAAAAAGCGAGAGAAGAUGUAUCAUGGAGCGGCCUUCCGAGCGAACAUAUCGACCCUGCAAGCCCUUCUGUACGCAUUGGCCGCAGCAGUAUUGUCCAGCACGUUUAGAUUGUAACACCCAGCGGACGUCAUCCGAUGUAAUCGGAAACCGUUCGCGAACGUCGUCGACAGUGUCUUAUUAGAUUUUCGUACUACAAGUGUCGGAUAUUAGGAGAUUUCAUCACCACACGUUAGGUUAAGGCAGAAUCAGAAUCGAGAAUAACCCAAAAUGUGACACGCUUAAAAGCUUCUAGCCAAAAUGUUAAGUUGUCUUACCUCUAGUUUAAUGUCUUCCACAACACUGAAACUGUUGAUUCGAAUAGAUUAUAGUAUUUGGCGUUGUUUUUAGUUUUGGAAAACCAAUCGCACAAAUUACGAAAGCCACUAUUUCAAUCUUACACCCCACUGCCCACAGAAGUGCAUUGUUGCCGGCAAAUAAUUCGUUUAUUUUUAAGUAAAUUGAUGUAUAUAGUUGUUUGUAUAUUUUUCUUCUUAGCUCUAAACUUCCUAAACUAAUGCUAUUCCCUUGUGUCCAAGCGCAGCAAAUCUCAUCUGUCUAUUUAUUACAAAGUUUGUUAACCAAAAAUAUACGUGAAACAAAAAAAAAACGAAAAGCUAUGAUAAGUAAUAAACAUUUCGUGCGAAGU